AGAAAGAACAAGAUCCUCAUUUUCUUGUGGAAGGCAUUUAGACUCAUAUAAGUAGACACAAGACAUAAUGGUCGUUCCCCAUCAUGCUUGUGAUUUCUAUCUAAACUACAUUUGCUCAAAAUCGCUCUGCUGCUCUGCUCUUGUUUUUCAACAUCACUUUUCUCAAAUCCAUACCUACAUUUCUGUGCUAUACAUACUUCUCUGCUUUCUAGAGGAGGCCGUAGAGGCAGUGGUAGAUUUCGUCUUAUUCUCUCAAUAUUGCUUGCAACUUGUAGUUUUGCAUCUCGAACAACAUUUGUGUUCACAAAAGAAUAGAAAAAAAAAUUACAAAAACAGAAAAACUAUUUUAGGAAAAAUGGAAAUUAUUUCUUCAAUUGUUGAAAAAAUAGUAGAUUACUCAGUUGGUCCAAUCGGAGAACAGUUUGACUAUAUUAUCUCCUGCAAAAGCAAUAUCAAAGAUCUUGAAAAGGAAUUUCCGAAGCUACUUGAGAAGAAAGAGGCAGUGCAACAAUCUGUUGAUGGAGCCCAAUGGAAUCAAGAAGUAGUCGCAAGUGAAGUGAAGACGUGGCUGACAAAUGUGGAGAAACAAAUUGAAGAAGUGCAUAAAUUCCUAGAAGAAGAUGUCAAAACUAAUAGGAUGUGCUUAAAUGGUUGGUGUCCUGAUCUCAAGCUACGUUAUUCCUUGGGUAAGAAAGCUCAAAAGAAUACUCGAGCUAUCAUUAAGUUGCUAGAAGAAGGUACAAAAUAUGAUAGGGUGUACAAUAUUGCACCUCCAUUGAAAGUGAGAUCGUCAUCCAUGGAUCGUUUUAAGGAUUUUGAAUCACGAAAAUCAAUGAUUCAAAAUGUUUUGGAGGCUCUAAGGGAUGACAAAAUCGACAUGAUUGCAUUAUGUGGUAUGGGAGGGAUUGGCAAGACAGAAAUGGCCAAAGAAAUAGCUAGAAGAGUCCAAGCUGAAAGUUUAUUCGAAAAAGUUGCCAUUGCAGUGGUGUCUCAAAGUCCAAACUUGACAAAGAUUCAAGGCGAACUUGCGGAUAUGCUAGGCAAGAGACUUGAUGUAGAGGGUUUAUAUGGAAGAGCAGAUGAAUUACAUUCGAGGUUGAUGAAGAAGAAGAGCGUCCUUGUGAUAUUGGAUGAUGUUUGGGAACAGCUUAAUCUUGAGGCUAUUGGAGUUUACUAUGCAGUUAAAGAAAAGCAUUGCAAAAUCUUGUUGACCUCAAGAAAUGAGGAAACUUGCAAUCAAAUGGGAAUUCAGAAGAUUUUUCAAAUUGGACUUUUAUCUGAAGAAGAAGCUUGGAAUUUGUUCAGAGAGAUGGCAGGUGCUUGUAUCAAUACUCCCAAUCUAAUUUCAAUAGCAAAACAGGUUGUGAAGGAAUGUGGACAUUUGCCUAUUGCUAUUGUAACAGUUGGAAGUGCUCUUAGCAACAAAAGCGAUGAGUACGAGUGGAAAACCGCGCUUCAACAACUUAAAAUGUCUAUCCCACAAUAUAUCACUGGUAUGCAUCCAAAGGUAUAUUCCAGCAUAGAGUUCAGUUACAAUUAUUUAGGAACUGAUGAAGCCAAAUCGUGCUUUUUGUUAUGUUGUUUGUAUCCCGAUGAUUAUGAUAUUCCUGUUGAGCAUUUAGUUAGAUAUGGAGUUGCAAAAAGGUUUCUUAAAGUCUUUGGUACUGUGGAACAAACAAGAGCACAUGUCCAUGCAAUAGUUCGGAAUAUUCGAAGAUCAAAUCUAUUGUUGGAUAGCAAAAGGUACGAAAGCGUCAAAAUGCACGAUAUUGUGCGAGAUGUUGCCAUAUCAAUUGCAUCGAGAGACCAACAUGGUUUUAUGGUAGAGUUGGAUAGAAGACUUGUAGAAUGGCCACAGAAGGAUACAUAUGAUGGUUACACCACAAUUUCUCUUUUACUUGGAGAUAUUAAAGGGCAUCCUGAUGGGUUGAAGUGUCCCAAACUUCAGCUAUUGCGACUAUCAUGUUUAAAGGAUUCAGAAACAUUGCCAAGAAAUUUAUUUAAUGGGAUGAAUAAGCUAAAUAUGUUGUCUUUGGAAGAAGGCUGCUUUUCCUUGAAGUCAUUGCCACCAUCAAUCCAGAUUCUCGAGAAUCUUCGCAUGUUGAAUCUUGAGAGUUGUCAUUUAAGAGAUGUGUCGGCAAUUGGAAGCCUUGGAAAACUAGAAGUUCUUGGUUUUCGUGAUUCUGAAAUUGAGGAGUUGCCGCAUGAAAUAGGAAAUCUUAGUCAAUUGAAGCUGUUGGAUAUGAAGGGGUGUCGUUCUCUAAAGAAAAUUGCAGCUGGUGUCAUAUACAGUUUAUCUCAUCUAGAAGAGUUGUACAUGGCAAAAUUUGAGAAUUGGGAAUAUACGACUACGAUGGAAGAAAAUGGAGAAGGAACAAGUAAUAAUGCAAGCCUUGUUGAACUAAUUCCCCGUUUCGGUCAAAUGACGGUUUUAGAAAUUAGCGUACCAAGUAUCGGGUGCUUGCCAAAAGAAUUGCACUUCAGAAACUCCAACUUGAGAUUUAGGAUAAACAUUGAAGAUGAUGAGACCUAUUUAUUUGAAAAUGCAAUUAGACUCGACGAACGUGAGGAUGCAAGUGAUCUUGGGAAAGUACUUUUGGAGAAUAGGGGCGUUUUUGGCAACCUAAAACAUUGUGACAUAUUUAAUUGCCAGCGUUCGGAAAAUAUAUUUUGGUUGGCCAUGGUGAGAGAUUUGAUUCAACUCAAAUCAUUAGACAUUUCUAAAUGUGAAAAUAUACAAGAAGUUUUUUCGAAGGAAGGAGAUCAAGAUAAGAAGAAAGUCAUCGGUGAUAUCAUUACAUUGCCGAACUUGGAGAAAAUAUAUCUAUCUUCCUUACCAAGGCUUACUGGUAUCUGUAAGUCCAUGGACUCAGUUGAGGUUGAAAGAGGAGGAGGCAGCACUUCAUCAACAACCCUCUCUCAUAAACUAUUUUCAUCCAACACCAUUUUGUGGUUUCCCAAUUUGGUAAAGCUUUAUGUAAGCAAGUGUGGAUUACUAGAAGUGAUAUUUGAUCUGGAAAGACCAAAGGUCAUAGAGAACCGCCAGCUCAUCGUAGCACUUUCUCAAUUAACAAGCCUAACGUUAAACAAUUUAUCUGGAAUGGCACAUGUGUGGAAGAAUAUUCCAAGAGGAUUUCAAGGCUUUCAAAACUUAAUAUCAAUUCAAAUUUGGGAAUGUCGUAAUCUUAGAAGUAUGGUUCCUACUUCUGUUGCAAAACUACUAGUGCAACUUCAAACCGUAGCAAUAAGUAAAUGCCAAUUGAUGGAAAAUAUUCUUCAAAGAGAGGACGAAGGUGGAGAAGAUAAGGAGAAAGUCGUUGGUGAUAUCAUUACAUUGUCGAAGUUGGAGAAAAUACGGCUAAGUGAGUUACCAAGCCUCAUUAGCAUCUGUAAAUCCAUGGACUCAGUUGAGGUUGAAGGAGGAGGAGGCAGCACUUCAUCAACAACCCUCUCUCAUAAACUAUUUUCAUCCAACACCAUUUUGUGGUUUCCCAAUUUGGUAGAGCUUUAUGUACAAGAGUGUGAAUCACUAGAAGUGAUAUUUGAUCUGGAAGGACUAAAGGUCAUAGAGAACCGCCAGCCCGUCUCAGCACUUUCUCAAUUAAGAAAACUAGAGUUAGAGAACUUAUAUGGGAUGGCUCAUGUGUGGAAGAAUAUUCCAAGAGGAUUUCAAGGCUUUCAAAACUUAAUAUCAAUUAGAAUCUCGCAAUGUCAUAAUCUUAGAAGUUUGCUUCCUACUUCUGCUACAAAACUAUUGGUGCAACUUCAAAGCAUACAAAUAUGGGAGUGCCGAUUGAUGGAAAAUAUUCUUCAAAGAGAGGACGAAGGUGGAGAGGAAAUUAGGAGAGCAGAUAUCAUUAUAUUCCCUCAAAUUCAUACCUUCGAACUAUUCUCGCUAUACAAUCUUGUGAGUUUUAGUAGCGAAGCCCAUUCUUUUGAGUGGCCAUCCAUAACGUGGAUCGAGUUGAAUAGAUGUCCAAAAUUAAAAACAUUUGGUUCAGAAGUUCAAAGCGGAAGAAAGCUAAGAAAAAAGGAUGCAGAACUAGAUGCAAGAGCCCCCCAAGAGCCUAGUACUGGCUCCUCCUUAGCCUCAACAAGAGAAUCUUCUAGACUUUUCAACCGAUGCCUAGAGUUGUCUUGUGUACCACGUCGCAGGAAUUCUAAUCCAGACCAAGGAAAUUGCAGCUCCUCUUCAGGAGAGAACAAACACAACUUUAACAAAGAUCAGGUUACAUUGACAAAUCAAGAUGAGCCAAAUUUGAGUGAGACUGAAAAUCAAACAAAGAUGUGUUCUCUAUUUCCUUACUACUUGAUUGAAAGUUUGGGAAAUCUAGAACAACUUGUCGCGGUUGAAUGUGAUUCAUUGGAAGUGCACUAUGCAAAAAUCAAACUUGUCGCGGGGGCUCUCUCUCUCUCUCUCUCUGAAAUUAAACUAAUCGAUCUUGCAUUUUUAAACCAGGAGCAAUGGACCUGGCAAAAUCGAUUGAGAAAGAUGAUGGUGUUGCGGCUACAAGUGAUGCUUUUCAUCGGCAUUUACCCCCAGAGCUACCCGUACCUACUGCAUUUUUGGAGAAAGAUAGACAACUAAAACCUCUGCAGUGGUUUUUUCUUCAAAUUUGGGGAAAUGGUGUUGCUAGUUAGAUGACUAGUAUAAAGUUGGAGAGGCUCCCACACAGAACACACAAAUGGAGCUGUGUAGUAUAAAAUUAAUGGUAUUCAUUUUCAAAUUCUAUAUUGUAUCUGUUCUAAAUAUUGGAGUUAUUAGAAGUUGAGGGUUUGAAAAUGCCCUUUUCAACGAUUACUGCCCUUUUGAAUCUCAUAGAAGACCAAAGUCAAGUUAAGCUUAAAAUGAGUACAUUGCUAGUUGGGGUGUGAUUACUUAAACCAUGCCCCUAACUCUAGUUUUUUUUACUUAAUAUGUUCACAUAGUUCUUUUUACUAUAUAAUAUUAGGUUUCUUUAUAUGGAAUGGAAAGUGAAAUAAACAAAAAAAAAUUCUUUUAACUUUGAUGAUCUAUAUAAAAAAUUGGUUCAGAGGUUUUAUCCUCUAGACUUCAUCGAGGUAGAAAAAAUUUAUUUAAGGUCUCAAUUGUAGCAUUAUGUGCUUAAUAUGACACCAAAAUAUCUAUAUUUUAUAUAAAACUUAAUAAACUAGCCUUCAUACUAGAAUGAAAGAUGGGAGUCUAAAUGAUAAGUUGAUAGUUUCUAUGUUAGCCUAUAUAUUAUAAGCUCAUUGCAUCUGGCAGUGAUUGACUAUAAUUUCCUUUUGAUAUAUCAUCGUUGGUUGACAUACCAUAUCUGACGUGUUUCUUCUCCAUUGUUUUGACCCAAAUUUCAUUUUGCUAUCAGAAUGGAAUUUCACUUAUAUAGCUACCAAUUACUUCCUGACCCUAAGCAAUUCUGAUAAUUGAUAUAGACUCAUGUUCAUCAUCUUGAUAGGCAUGUACACAUUCAAAUGGUUCAUCAUCUUGAUAAGGGACAUAAUUUCUGUUUGACUUGUGGAGCCUUUUGGUCCCCAUAUCCAGAUUUUUUUGGUUGCCAAUAGUGGUGCUUGCUGGCACUUAAGAACUUGUCUUGCAUGGGGUGAUGUGAUGAGAAAAUAUUCUCAUCAGUUAUAAUUUUCUGCCAUCUUAAUGAUCUAUCCUAACUGAUCCAAUUUUUUUAGACCCACAUGGAGCAAUGGGAGAGAAUAUGGGAGUCUGCCCAGUUUGCAGCAAGGUUUUUCAUUCCGAGGAUAUUGAGCAUUUGCUUGGUUUGGUUGACUCUCAUUCUUCUCAAUUGGUAUGUCUCCUCACAUAAUCCUGAUGAUAUCAAAGUAUAUCACAGUGAGAGGCUGCUAUGUUGCAGUUUGAUAAGAGCAAUUUCUUAAUGGUUUUAACACUUCACCCUGCAGACUAAGGCAGCAAAACCAGUGCUGGGAAAGUGCUAUCCUCAGCCAAAGAAGUUCUUCCUUAUGGGGAUUAUAUUUCUUUGCUGCUGCUUUUGGAUUUUUCCCAUUUGUUGGAGGGUACAAUCAUUACAUUCAGACAAAUGAGGGACUCGCAUUUCCAGUUUAAACCAAGAGCAAUGGACCUGGGAGAAUCGAUUGAGAAAGAUGAUGGUGUUGUGGCUACAAGUGAUGCUUUUCAUCGGCAUUUACCUCCAGUGCUACCUGUACCUACUGCAUUUUUGGAGAAAGAUGGACAACCAAACCCUCUGCAGUGGUUUUUUCUUCAAAUUUGGGGAAAUGGUGUUGCUAGUUAGAUGACUAGUAUAAAGUUGGAGAGGCUCCCACACAGAACACACAAAUGGAGCUGUGUAGUAUAAAAUUAAUGACCCACAUGGAGCAAUGGGAGAGAAUAUGGGAGUCUGCCCAGUUUGCCACAAGGUUUUUCAUUCCGAGGAUAUUGAGCAUUUGCUUGGUUUGGUUGACUCUCAUUCUUCUCAAUUGACUAAGGCAGCAAAAGCAGUGCUGGGAAAGUGCUAUCCUCAGCCAAAGAAGUUCUUCCUUAUGGGGAUUAUAUUUCUUUGCUGCUGCUUUUGGAUUUUUCCCAUUUGUUGGAGGGUACAAUCAUUACAUUCAGACAAAUGAGGGACUCGCAUUUCCAGUUUAAACCAAGAGCAAUGGACCUGGGAGAAUCGAUUGAGAAAGAUGAUGGUGUUGUGGCUACAAGUGAUGCUUUUCAUCGGCAUUUACCUCCAGUGCUACCUGUACCUACUGCAUUUUUGGAGAAAGAUGGACAACCAAACCCUCUGCAGUGGUUUUUUCUUCAAAUUUGGGGAAAUGGUGUUGCUAGUUAGAUGACUAGUAUAAAGUUGGAGAGGCUCCCACACAGAACACACAAAUGGAGCUGUGUAGUAUAAAAUUAAUGGUAUUCAUUUUCAAAUUCUAUACUGUAUCUGUUCUAAAUAUUGGAGUUAUUAGAAGUUGAAAGUUUGAAAAUGCCCUAUUCAAUGAUUACUCCCCGUUUGAAUCUCAUAGAAGACCAAAGUCAAGUUAAGCUUAAAAUGAGUACAUUGCUAGUUGGGGUGUGAUUACUUAAAAUAUGCCCCUAACUCUUGUUUUUCUUCUUUC